ACUAAAAUUGGUGGGAAUGUGUAUUUUCUGGGUUUCGUUAGAUUUCGGUAUAAAGUAAGUUCAAAAGGUUUUAUUCAGUUAUUUAAUUUAAGAUUGAUAAUUAAUAUGUCCGAUGAUGAGGACAUCCAGUAUGUUAAAAGGCAGCGCACACUGCAUUACGGUUCUCUGGAAGAAGUAGAGAGAAAGCGCCAGACAGCUGCUAUUGCGGGAGCAAGCUCCACAGCCACUGCAUCUACUUCAAGUGGUGUUGCGGUUACCAAUCAACUCGAAGAUAUCGAAUCUGAUGAAGAUUACGAGGAGGUGAAAAAACCGACGGCGCCAACGUUACCGCCGACUUCUGGUGCUUUAGCUAAUAAGAUCGAUGACGACUAUUUUGACUUAGAAACAGAAGUAGCGAAAGACAAAGAAGCGCUACUAAAAGAAUUUGAACGCAAAAAACGUGCACGUCAAAUAAACGUUUCCACCGAUGAUGCGGAAAUAAAAGCUAAUUUGCGACAGUUAAAUGAACCGAUAUGCUACUUUGGGGAGGGUCCAGCAGAAAGACGGCGCCGUUUAAAAGAGUUGUUAGCUAGCUUAGGGGAAAAUGCGAUUAAGCAAAAACAAACCGAAGAGGAAGAGCGAAAACAACUUCAGAAAGAACAAGAAACAACAUGGUACCACGAAGGACCGGAGGCCUUACGCGUGGCAAGAAUAUGGAUUGCAGAUUACUCCCUGCCAAGAGCAAAAACACGUCUAGAACAUGCGCGAUCUCUACUAGAUGUACCAAGCGCAACACGCGCUGGCCGAUUAGUAGAGCUUCAAAAGCGUUUACAUGCCUUAGCACCGCAAUGCAGUCAAGUGGGAGAUACACGUCCAGUAAGUGGAGUAGCGUUUAGUGAAGACUCUAAAUUUAUUUUGACUUCGUCAUGGUCCGGAUUGUGCAAAGUUUGGACAGUACCAGAUUGUAAGCUGAUGUUAACACUUCGAGGUCAUGCAAGUUAUGUUGGUGGUGUAGCAUUUCGACCAGGCGUGACGCAAGAUGAUAAAAAUGUUGUAGCAAUGGCUUCUGGUGGUCAUGAUGGAGCAGUGAAAUUGUGGGGCUUCAAUUCGGAAGAAUCUUUAGCAGAUAUAACAGGGCAUAUGCCACAUAGAGUUUCCAAAUUAGGGUUUCAUCCAUCUGGUCGUUUUCUAGCAACAGCUUGUUAUGACUCCUCUUGGCGCCUAUGGGACUUGGAACAAAAAACUGAAGUCCUGCAUCAAGAGGGGCAUGCCAAAGCAGUUCAUAGCCUUAGCUUUCAAAUCGAUGGCAGUGUCAUCGUGACUGGUGGACUUGACGCAUUUGGACGUGUAUGGGAUCUAAGAACAGGCCGUUGCGUAAUGUUUCUCGAAGGUCAUCUGGGCUCAAUUUUUGGCGUUGAUUUCUCACCAAAUGGAUUUCAUAUUGCUACUGGUUCACAGGACAAUACUUGCAAAAUUUGGGACUUACGUCGUCGACAGCCAGUUUAUACGAUUCCUGCACAUACAAACCUAAUAUCAGAUGUUAAAUACCAGCGAGAUGGUGGCAGUUUUCUGGUUACAUCCUCCUAUGAUUGCACCACAAAAAUUUGGUCAAAUAAAACUUGGCAGCCGUUAAAAACAUUAUUGGGACAUGAUGGCAAAAUAAUGGCUGUUGACAUCUCACCCGACUCGCAACAUAUUGUAACGGCGUCUUUCGAUCGUACCUUCAAAGUGUGGGCAUCGGAGAGCUGAUGCUAAAAGCAAACUUUAUUUUUUUGCCUUUUGACAUUUUGGUAUCGUUUUUUGUUUAUGAAAAAAAAGAUACAUACUUAAUUUUCGUACUGUUGAAUAUAAUAACGUUAACACUGUUAGAUUACUCAAUUUUUUGUUAGCUUGCUUUGCGAGUAACAAGUGCAUUUCGUGUAACUUUUGAUUCGAUGACAAUAGACCAAUUAACAUUUUAUCGAA